AUGUCGGACGCGGGAUGGACGACAGUUGUUUUCCUGUGGCUCCUCUGGCUGGCGCACCUCCAGCAAAAUGCUAGGGUUUCUGGCGAGGCUUCACCGCCCUUUAAGCGGAUCUACCAAUCGGAACAGCCGGUGCGUCGUGCGAAGGCUCAGGAGAUGGGCGGCCAUGUGAACAAGAGCAUCGAUCCCUGUGUGGACUUUUAUGCCUAUGCCUGUGGCAAUUGGAAAUCAAGUUCUACGCCCAAGGAGCAACUGCAGCAGCAAACAGACCGAGAGCUUCUCCUGCUCCUCGAGGAGGCUGUGAGGCGAGAGGAUAGCCCUUUGGCUCGCCAGGCCAAGGAGUUCUUCAAGUCCUGCGUGGCGGCACAGGCCGCGCAGAGUCAGCAGCAGCAGCAGUUCCUCAGCGAGUUCAUCACGGAGAACGGAGGAUUCCCAGCGGUUCCGGGUUCCCAAUGGGCGGUGCAUCACCACGACUACGAUUGGCUACGAGUGCUAGGUGGCCUAAGGCUCCGCUAUGGCAUGGACAUUCUCAUCGGACUGCGAGUGGGUUACAACUACGGCAAUGUGAACGAGAACAGCUUGUACCUAAGCGAACCCAGCACUGUGAUUCCUGCCGAACUGUGCACCCGGAAUCGCUCCGACAUCAGGGACUCCAUUUACGAACCGCUGGAGCAGCGAGUGGCCGCCGAACUCAAGACUUGGCUGGCACUGGGACAAGAGGAAUCCGGUCGCUUGGCCGCCGACAUCCUCAGUUUCGAGCAUGAGCUAUGUGGUGGUAUGCGAGGUGCUCCCUUUGAACCCUGGGAUGGCGAGGCGCAACUCUACCUGGCGAACUACAGCCGCAGAACGUUGUUCGAGUUUUCUAACAUCUUCGAAAUGGAUUUGAAAUCAUAUGUGAGGGGCAGCUAUGACCGGGAUAUCACUAAGCCAGUCUACAUGGCUUCACCCGAAUACUUUCGCCAACUGAAACGCACUGUGUCCGCUCACAAUAUCAGUCUGGUGGCCAACUAUAUUAUGUAUCGAGCGUUUUCUGCUCUCAAUUUCCCUCUAGAUGAUCGACCGCAGACGAGAAAGGCAGAGUGCCUGCAGCGAACUAAAAAUCUACUUCCUUCAGCUUUGGGAGAACUAUAUGCCCGCCAGUUUGGCACUGAGGAUAGCACAGCGGAUCUUAAAAACCUUUAUGACCAACUGAAGACUGCUCUCUGGCAAAGUUUGUCCGCGGAUUGGUUGGUGGAGAGCAGUCAGCGGGUGGGUCGGGAAAAGCUGAAGCAGUUGGAGCUACAGAUGUCAAGUUACGAGCAUCCGCUGAUCCUCAAACUGCAGCUGGAGCGGGGAAACUAUUGGUACAAUCUCCGCCAGCUGCUGGGCGCAGUUCAGUCGCAAAGAAAUAACCGCCUUUUCGAAGAAUUCCUUGUGGCUCCCGCCGAUCCCGUGGAGGCUUUUGAGGCCAGGGUGCGACUGCGACCGGUUCAGCGACGUUUGGAUAUGGGAUUGGCCCUGCUGCAGCCGCCAGCCUACGAUCGCCACUAUGGCCACGCCCACAGCUAUGCCACACUGGGCGUAAGGCUGGCUCAACAGCUGGUCAUGGCUUUCGACGACCCGCACUGGUCGAUUGGCCUACUGGAGCGGGAUCACUGGGAUGGCGAUACAGCCUGGGAAUAUCACAAGCGCAGCAUUUGCUUUGCCCGCCAGGUGGAUAAUUAUUUGAGGGCCAAUGAGAGUGCCACCAGGCAGCUGAUCACGGACAGUGGAGCCCUUAAUGUCGCCUUUCGAGCAUAUUUAACCUGGCUGGGAUUCAAGGAGCCCAACAACGACUUUAAUACUCUGACCAAGGAGACCCUACCAGAACUUAAUUACACCAAUACGGGUCUUUUCUUUGUGGCCUAUGCCCAGCAGCACUGUAGUCUGGAGGAGAUUCGACCCAGGGAUGAGCAAGGGACACCGGGCGGAUUCCUCUACAGCGCACGACAGAAUCACUCGUGGACGCGUCUGCAGGUGAACGGUCCGCUGCGCAAUUCGGCUGAGUUUGCCAGGGAAUUCCGGUGUCCCAUCGGUUCACCCAUGAAUCCUGCCAACAAGUGUACCAUAUACUAAGAGUUAUUGAGU